UUUAAUUUGAAAAAAGGAAAAAGACUCUUCUCUGUUCACGGGUUGCUGGUGUUGUCGAGGACGCGCGUGAGUCUCUGGGAUGUAACUUAGCUUAUAAACUCGUCGUUUGUUGGACCAGCGUUUAUUUCGUUUAUUUAGUAGUCGACACUACCACAGAAUGAAUGAGCCCGAAGGACUGCGAUUAAGGAGGUUGAACAGACCUCAAACAAUUAGAGAUGAAGCCCAUGAACCCCAGGACAAAAGCACAAGCACUUACAGUGGGAAGGUGUUUCGUGGGACACUACUGACAUUAGUGGCUUUCCUGCUCUUCCCACUGCUGGUGGUCAUUUUCCUGUUGGAGUCUCCCAUUCAGCCAGAGGUCUUCAGUCUAAAUGAACCGCCUCUGAUGACUGGCUGUUACGAGCCCAACCUAAAACUCAGACAGGCUGAGCGACUGUUUGAGGAUAUGCUCAUCGGCCCAGAAUCCCUUGCUAACAUUGGAGAUGUUUUAUACACUGGGACGGCUGAUGGAAAGAUCGUCAAAAUCGAGGGAAGGAACAUUCAUGUAUUAGCAACGCUUGGCAAGCCACCAUGCGGCUCUCGAGAGCAUGAGCACACUUGUGGACGUCCUCUGGGAAUCCGUGUGGGGCCCAACGGCACUUUGCUUGUCGCCGAUGCCUAUUUGGGACUGUUUGAGGUCAAUCCUGUCACAGGUGAGGUGAAAUCUCUGGUGAGCACAGGGAAGAUGAUCGCUGGUCGGCGUCUGGGUUUUGUCAAUGAUCUGGAUGUAACUCAGGAUGGGAAAAAGGUGUACUUCACUGACUCCAGCAGCAGAUGGCAGCGCAGAGACUUCAUGCACCUGAUCAUGGAGGCCACAGCAGAUGGACGGGUGCUUGAGUAUGAUACAGAGAGCAAGGAAGUGACCGUGCUGAUGGAGAACCUGAGGUUUCCAAACGGCAUCCAGCUCUUCCCUGAUGAGGAGUCCGUUCUGGUGGCUGAAACCACAAUGGCCAGAAUCAGGAGAGUUCAUGUUUCUGGUAUCAAUAAAGGAGGUAUGUAUACAUUUAUAGACAACCUCCCGGGAUUUCCUGACAACAUUCGACGCAGUUCUUCGGGUGGAUACUGGGUUUCCAUGUCCGCUGUGCGACCCAACCCUGGCUUCUCCAUGCUUGACUUCCUGUCUCAAAGACCCUGGUUAAAGAAGCUCAUAUUUAAGCUCUUCAGUCAAGAUACUCUGUUGAAGUUUGUGCCGCGCUACAGUCUGGUGGUGGAGCUGCAGGACGGCGGGACAUGCGUGCGCAGCUUCCACGACCCACACGGCAUGGUGGCGGCUUACAUCAGCGAGGCACACGAGUACAACGGCCACCUGUACCUGGGCUCCUUCCGCUCGCCGUAUCUGUGCAAGCUGGAUCUGAGCAAAGUGUGAACACGUCAUGAGCCUAACAGAUGCUCUACUUGAGUCAUUUCACCCUGGCUUCCAAACAAACAGAUUUUGAAGCUAUUAACAUUGGCAAACAUCAACAAGACUUAUUAACAUCUUCCAUAUUACAGUCAACACACUCCCUUCGUUUGAUCACCAUUCUCUUCAUUUAGCUCUGAUAGACGCCCAUGUUUUUGUUCCAUUUACCCAUGUGGGCGACUUUCUUUUUUGAGAGAUGUGCAGUGCGUAAUAAGCUCUCUUUUUUUUAAAUCAAAAGAAGUGCCAUUACUAUUUUUGUUUUUCACAGAAAUUAUGCAGUUUCUGUACAUGUAUUAUUUGCACCGACCGUCGUCUGACCCUUAAAAUAGAGCUGCCAACAGUUUGUUUAAAGGCGCUGUGAUACAAAACAAGAUGACUGGUAAAAACAAUAUUAAUUUCCGUGGGCGGCAUCAUUGAGAUGCUGUUAAGUGGAAGUGAAAGGGUAUUUUGAUGUCAUUAUUAAAUGAAUCUGCUGAUAAUUAUCUCUGGUUCUAAAAA